AAGUUUAUUUUUGUUUAUAUAAGUGUCAUCAAUGUAAAAUUUUUCGCUAUUUUUUCGUGAUCGUAUACAGUUCUAAUUGUCCAAUCGUUUUAUAACAGUUCAUCGGAAAAAUAAAUUUAUUCAAAUACGCCGCCGGUAAAAAAAAUAGUAUAGAGCUGCGCGAGAUAUGGUCGCGUUUAAUCUAUCUACCUUUCCCGAGGUUUGCCGACUUUGUUUACAAUCGAAACAUCCGGAUGAAAUGGUUUCGGUUCAUAUUGAACGACCAAUGCAGAGCGGAUCUUUAGGAGACUUACUGGAGGAAUUCACUUUCAAAAUUCCUACGCGAAUGUCGAAUUAUUUUCCGUCGGAGGUAUGCUCAAUGUGUUUGGAAGUUUUCGAUUUCUUUUAUAAAUACAAGCAGAAAUUAUAUCAGAUUCAUCUUUUUCUGAAAGCAUUUGUGGAUGUUAAAUUGGGAAACAAAGAUCCGUUAGUGAAGCUGUUGAAUGACAAUAAGGAAUAUUUUUCCAUUUUGUUCAAAGAUUUGGAUAUUUGCAACAAGGAAGAGUUACUGGUAGAAGAUUUGCUUGAAGAAUAUCAAUAUUAUAAAAUAUCAGCCAUGGCCAAUGUGAAGGAUGAAGCCAGCGACGAGAAACAGGUUGAGCCCGCAGAAGCAAAAAAUUACGAGCUUCACGUAGAAAUUAUAGAUGAUAUUGAAUCUGUGAAGGAUGCUGACCAUGCCAAAAUAUUUUUGGAACAGUUGGGAAGUUACAAGGUGGAUAACGAAAAUGUCAAACAAAUAGAAAUUAAAGCCGAGCCAGUGUACUUGCUGUCUGUGAUACGCGAUGAUUCUCAAUUUGAAAUAGAAGAGUUGCCUUCCAAUGGAUCAGAUCAAGUUGACGAUUUUAACGAAGAUGCUGCGUCAAAGCAUGACACCAGCGAUAUCAAACUUAUUUUUUCGGAUGACGGUCACCACGACGAAAACAUGUCAAUAGCAGAAUCGAAUGAAGAGUCAAGUUCCAGGGAUGCUCUUGAGGUUCAUCAAAGAAGUCACGAAGAAAAAUCAAAUACACCGAACAAAGAAUUUAACACCAGACAGCCUCGCUUACCAGUUAGCAAAAGCAGAGAACACCAACCGCGAGAACUUCGUAAGAAGCACGUGUGUGAUAUUUGCGGGGCUACUCUGAAACAUAAAUACUCGCUGGAAGUGCAUCUGGGUCGGCAUGCCGGAGUUACUCAGUUCCAGUGUCAGUACUGUUCGUCAUCGUUUCACACCAAAACGGAGAUGCGUAACCACCUGCGCUCGAUUCACACUACCGGGAGCAGUUGUGAAUGUGCCAAGUGUGGAGCUGUGUUCAAAACCAAGAAGCUACUGAAUCAACAUCUCGAAUCGCAUGCCGAGAAGCGAAACUUCAAGUGCGAAACAUGCGAAUUUGCAUUCAAAACUUUGCAACAUUUGAAACGACACAUUACAACCGUCCACCGUGAGGUGCGUUUCAGUUGCAACCAUUGUACGAUGUCCUACGGUAGGAAGGAUAAGCUGAGGAUGCAUAUGGAGCGGGCUCACAAUAUCCAAUCCUACUUCGUCUGUGAUAUCUGCCUACGAUCAUUCAAUGGUAAACAGGCGCUAGACGAGCAUAAGGGACACCACGCCAAUCCGAAACCGCUCGAGUGCGGUGUUUGUCUGAUGGCAUUCGAGGACGGCAGGACGUUCGACGAUCACUUGUGCAUAAGCUAUCGGGAUAGUUACGAAUGUUGCGGAAAGGACUUCAAGUAUCAUGUACACUUCAAUCGGCACGUGUUGAUGGAGCACGGAAUCAAAUCGAAUGCCCGAGUCAGACCGAAACGUGGACUGCUGAUCGGCCAACUGAGAGCCGAUCGGCGACUGCGGGAGGUUCGAUGUAGAAAAUGUGAUCGAAAUUUUGUAUCCAUGCUGGAGCGAAAACGUCACGUUUGUGUGGGAAACAUAUCGAGCAUUGGUUCUGCAGAAAUUCCGGCGACAUCCGAAGAAAUGGUGAAUAGUGAUGGAGCAAUGUUUGUUAGUGAAAUGGGCGAGGAAGAACAUCUGGAGGAUGUGGAUGAUAAUCUAGAGAUUGAGUAUAUUAUAAGCGAAGAAACAGAGUCCGUGACAAACUGUUGAAUAGUUUGCAGUAUAUUGUGAUUUGAAAUAG